GAUUUAAAAUGGACCGCUAGAAGUGCGCUAACAACAACAGAAGCCUUUUAGGACUUGAAAAAGGGGAUAAAAAUGAUAAGUAAAGUCACUCAACGUUGGAUUUAUCAUCGUGGACAUGUUGUACAAAGUCUCCGAAAAGACACUGAAGUUCCAGGGCACACUACAAAUCUUCUGAAAGGGCCGCGGUCACAGGGAAGCCCUGCCUGCAACGGCGCAAGUGUUAGCUUCCCGUCAAAACAAACCGCUCCGCAGACUGACGGGACAGGUUGCGACGCGGAAAUAUAAUUGACCCAGGUCCAAGAGCAUGGUGAUGGGCGAGGUGUCGCGGGCCUCGUGCCGGCCGGCCUCCCCCAGCCUCCAGGAGGGCGCCCUGAAGGCCGGCUGGCUGAAGAAACAGCGCAGCAUCAUGAAGAACUGGCAGCUGCGGUGGUUCGUGCUGCGCUCGGACCAGCUCUACUUCUACAAGGACGAGGAGGAAACCAAACCACAGGGCUGUAUACCUCUGCAGGGAUGCCAGGUGAAUGAACUCACAGCUAACCCGGAUGAACCAGGAAGACAUCUGUUCGAGAUCGUACCAGGUGGAACAGGAGAGAAGGACCGGGCGCCAAUCAGUCAUGAAUCCUUCCUGCUCAUGGCAAACUCCCAGUCGGACAUGGACGACUGGGUCAAGGCCAUCCGCCGGGUCAUCUGGGCGCCAUUUGGAGGAGGGAUAUUUGGCCAGCGUCUAGAGGACACGGUGCAGUAUGAGAAGAAGUUCGGCCCGCGGCUGGCGCCUCUGCUGGUCGAGCAGUGUGUGGACUUCAUCAGGGAGAGGGGUCUGGACGAGGAGGGUCUCUUCCGGAUGCCCGGACAGGCCAACCUGGUCAAAGAGCUGCAGGAGGCCUUUGACUGCGGCGACAAGCCUCUGUUUGACAGUAACACAGAAGUCCACACGGUGGCGUCCCUGCUGAAGUUGUAUCUGCGGGAGCUGCCUGAACCAGUCAUUCCCUUUUCCAAAUAUGAAGACUUUCUAACCUGUGCACAGCUUUUGGCCAAAGAUGAGGAGGAGGUAUUUGCCAGGCGCACGUGUGUGUGUGUGUGUGUGUGUGUGUGUGUGUGUCACAGUGUUCCUAAACUGUUACAAUCUGUCUUAUAUCAGGGGGUCCAGGAGCUUGGGAAUCAAGUUAACACUCUACCUCUACCGAACUUCAAUCUCCUUAAGUACAUAUGCAAAUUCCUUGACGAGGUCCAGUCGCACUGCAGCAAGAACAAGAUGAGCGUCCAGAACCUCGCCACAGUAUUUGGACCAAAUAUCCUUCGACCCAAGAUGGAGGACCCAGUCACUAUCAUGGAAGGCACCUCUCUGGUCCAGCACCUGAUGUCGGUCCUCAUCAGGGAACACGACCGUUUGUACUCAGGGAGGGACCAGGAGGGACCCACCAUACCUCAAACAGAACUCCCCGUCCAGGGGCAGCAGCUGCAACACCGCAGCCUGGGAGCCUGGAUCUCCGAGGAAGACCUCCAGAGCUGCCCAGUCUCCAACCCCGACCCAGAGCUGCACAGCAGCGCCUCGUCCCUGGACGCCAAGCUGUGUGCGGCCGUCACGCCCACCCAGUCCCCUGGACCAAAACUGGGCUCUCCGUCGGGGAAGGGUGAGACUGUGGUCAGCCCGAGUAAACAAGCCAAGUCCCUACCUUCCUGGAAGUACUCAUUCAAAAGCUCCGCAGCGAAGCAAGGCGCCGGGGGAGGCGGCGGCGGCUCCGUGGCAGAUACAACCAGUGUAUCUUCUGGCGGUGGAGGAGGUGGAGGCGGCGGUGGUGGUGGAGGUAACUGGCUCAUGAACGGUUUGUCGUCCUUGAGGGGACACCGGCGCACGUCCUCGGGCGAACGGUCCGCCCGCGACCGCGACUCCACCGGCUCCUCACAGAGACUGUCCACCUACGACAACGUCACCUCCUUCUCCAGCAUGGGCAGCGUGCCGAGUGUGUCCAGCACCCCGUGGUCCACCUCCUCCUGCGAGAUCUCCGUCCCCGACUCUGGGAGUGAGCCUUCGGCGAACCGGAACUGUGGCGCGGGGGGCGAGGGCGGGGAGAAGGCGGAGUGGACGGAGAACCAGAGGGAGAUGGACAGGGGACGGGACGGAGGGGCCAUGACGGACCUGAGCUCGGAGCAGGACAGCUGCGAGGCCAUGGAGCUGUGCAGCAGCAGCGCGGCCUGCAGCGAGAACGGGAACGUGGCUGCGGCGGCCGGUGUGCCGUCCAUCGUCAUGUCUGAGGAUGGGGACGAGGUCAAUCUGACGCUGGGCAGUCUGGUGGAAGGCCUGAAGGACGAGUUGAGGAGUCAGAAGACUGCCUACGAGGCCAGCAUACAAAGGCUGGAGGAGUCCAGCGCCGCCCUGUGCGCGCAGAUGGAGCGCUUGGAACAAGAGAUGGAGCAGGAGCGGAAGAAGCAGCGCAUGCUGGAGAUCAAACUGCGGAACUCUGAGCGGGCGAGAGAGGACGCGGAGAACCGCAACCGGCUCCUGGAGAAGGAGAUGGAGGACUUCUUCUCCACGCUGGGGGAUCUGGCCCUGGGCGCCAGGACUAGCGACAUUUGAUGUGAUACCCCGAGGCCACUCGUCUGUCCGUGGCCCAAAAAAAAAACCAUGGCUGUCAUCAGGGUUUAUAGUUCGUGGGCCGGGUGUGUCCUUUAACGUCGUCCUCGGUGCGGCAAAACAAGAAAAUAAAAAGGAACCGGCCAUAUUCGUAUACAUUCAGGAGAAGAAAUAACAGAAUUAUGGGGAUGAUAGAGGCAAUUCCGAAUAUCCAACUGGGACUUAAUGAUCUCCGACAAGCACCGGGCGGCUUUGUCCUUCUUACGCAUGCUUGAAGUGGAGCGUUAGGCCGGUGCUCCUGCGAUCACACUCCCGACAAGUGGUGUGUGGCACGCCCGCGUGCGACCGGUGGAAACGUAAUGUCGCGUCUCUGAUAUCCUCCGUCCUGGAGAGCACUGGACUUCCUACACCACUUCUUUACAGGGACACUGGUCAACACGACCCGUGAGAGACGUUAAUGCAGAAUGCAGUCAGCUGACUGGUUUUCAUCGCAAUCCACUCGGUACAUGGUUAUUCACUUUUUUGCUGGGAGUUAGAUACGUCUAUAGGUCGAAAAAAAUUUAAUCUACACCUGGAACACAAGGAAGAGAGUCGGGGACGGGACAAGGAAGGAGCUGCCGUGGCUCUGUCCGAACUAAUCUGCUUAUGCCGACGCAUCUACGGCGAAUCAAUUACCGCGUUAAAUUUCAUUCGCCUUAAUAUUUACACAAAAGCAAAAUGUAAAAUCUGCAUGCUAUAGUUUCAUGGGGAGUUCCAGUCUUUGUGCUGCCCUAAGCAUAUAGACAGUGAUAUCAAUCAUUUUUCAAAUCAAUUCUCGACAAGAAAGUGAAUACGGUUGAUUCCCGAAUGUCUUUUUCAAACUGUCCCUUCACCUGCUCGGCGAGUUUACCCAAAUCACAACAGGAAACUACUUCUUUUUUUCUUCUCAUUUGCCUGCAGCGGUAGCUAACUAGAACAUUUGACCUCUUCUUUGCUGAUUUUGAAGACACUAAAGAGUUCUGUAUAUUUAUCCAGAGUAAUGACAGGUUUACCGUUUCUGGGACGAGCUGCGACCUGAGUGUAAUUGUAACAAGCAGCGGGAAUUAAAAAUCUAACCGUCUACAUUUUGAGACAAAUAUCUCUAAACCCAGGCUAAUUAAAACGUAAUAUAUAAACACCAUUAGGGUUUUAGGAAACAUGUUACUAUGUUUGUGUGUGUGUGUGUGAUUCGGGUGAACAGAUUCAGCAGAGGUUGCUCCACAUGCAUUCAGCCCCCGUGCUGUAUUAGCAACAGAAGACAUUUUCAUUCCGUUUUCCCCCGGCGCAGGUUCAGAAAACCAGAUUUUCAAUACAGCUCCUUUUUUCGGGCAAACGCGGAGCAGUAAUCGGCGGGACCUCGACCCAAGUCGCCCCUGUGCUCCUCUCCCAGUGCCUCUAGCGUCACCAUCACCUUCGGGGUUUCCCGCGUCCAUUCCGGGUUUUUUUUUUCUCUUUUCUUCAAUCAAUGUCAAUAAACCUUUAAUUGUGCAGGAUUUACAACAACAACAAAAAGAACAGAAGAACGAUUGGAGAAUGUUCAACUCGGCCUACGCUGCCUUCGCACACGAGGACGGUCGUGGCGCAGUUGGCGAAGACCUCUUUACCGGUGCACAGUGAAUACCAAAGCUGGACCGCCGCACUACAGAUCAGAACGGCCCGCCUGGAAGCCGUGUUGAUUUUGGCACACGAAGCUGAACACUGCCCCUCAACAAAAAAAACACAAUGGAAUUUCCUGGUUGUGCCUUCAGGGAAGUGUUGUUUAAAAUAGGAAGGGAAAGAAAGAAAAAAAAAAAAGGUAGCGUUGCUUGCUUGCUCCCGGAGAUGUAGUGCAUUGUGUCGGCCCGUAUUACACACAGUGGCUGCGUUGUUGUUGUUGUUGUUGUCGUCGUCACUGUAUGUUCACGCUGCUGAAGAGGAAUGACUCGACGAUCUCCCCUCGAAGGUGCCAACUCCUGUGAAAGUGAAUUGUGAAUUUGAAUGGAAGUUUUUGAAAUGAAGAAUGUACACCUGUGGUGAAUGUAACGUGUUGUUGAUGAAACCAGCCCAGUUGGGAGGGAGGGGGGGGGGGGAAUAUAACUUCUACCAGUUGAAACUCUGAACUGCAUUUCUCACUGCAAUCGUCUUCCUUUGACUCCGCAGCUCUUGGCCAUGCUGAGGCACGUGAUGUAUUACGGGAUGCGUCACGCCGCGUCGGACAGCAGCGGUGCGCUUUAUGCAUCUGGCCCGUUGGAUUGUGGUUCUCUAUGUUCCCAGAACGAAGAGCUGCCGGUGUCCGUUUUCUGAGGAUUGCAUGUUUGCUGAAAAUGUGGUUAAAGGGACAAAAAAAAAAAAAGCAUAUGAGUGAAGUUGGAACAAUGACUUUCUUUUUUCUUUUUUACUUCAAAAACAUGAAGCCAGUGGUGUUACUACCCUUGUUAAAUUUGCACAGGUAAGAGGGUAUUUUGUCCUUCGAGGCCUCGCCACUUCUACAGUCCACAAUCUAACGGUCAAGGUCUACGGCAGGUUUCUCUGAUUCCGAUUUCUCUGCCGAUCAUCCUACGGUGCUUAUUUAUUAUGGGUUUCCACUAUUGUAACGAAUGGACAUGUACGAGAAUAAAAGGUGACAAAGAUCGCGUGCAAGACAA